AUGUCAAGAGUAAUUUUUUACUCUCUUUUGUUCGUUUUUGCCCUCUUGUUUCUCACCACACCAUACCUUGCUCAAGGUGCUGAGGAUGACAGUUUGAAUCCAUCAUUUGACGAAAAAACCAAAAUCUUAAAUGAAGAUGAAGAGAUAUGGAGUCUCGACUCAUCCAAGCACCACCACCACCAUCACCGCUACCACCCAGGGGCUCCAUCACCACAUGCCCACCACCACUACCAUGCUCCGACACCUCAUCACCACCAGCACCAUGCUCAUGCUCCAUCGUCUCACGGUAGCCACCACCACCACCACCACUCUCAUGCUCCAUCACCUCACGGGGGCCACCACCACCACAGAGGUCGGCACCAUGGUCAUCAUGCCCAUCCUCCCAAGAAGGCUACAACCCCAAGCCCUAAAAAAGAAAUGUCACGGGUAGUAUUUUACUCUAUUUUCCUCAUUUUUGCACUCGUAUUUCUCACCACACCCUUCCUCGCUCAAGGGGUCGAGGAUGAAGAUUCGAAUCCAUCAUUUGGCGAAAAAGACAAAAUUUUAAAUGGAGAUGACGAGAUGUGGAGUCUCGACUCAUCCAAACACCACCACUACAACCAUCACCACCGCCGCCACCCAGGGGCUCCAUCACCACAUUACCACCAUCGUCACCACCACCACCACGCUCCGGCACCUCAUGGCAGCCACCACCACCACCACGCUCAUGCUCCAUCACCUCAUGGCUGCCGGCACCAUGGCCAUGCCCAUCCUCCCAAGAAGGCUACAACCCCAAGCCCUAGUUGGAUAUGA